GCUGCCGAGCCGAGGCCGUUCCCACCGCUCAGCCUGGAUGAUGGGACACGAGGCGUGGGGAUCCCGGCCCACAGCCGCCUCCUCCCUCCCGGAGCUGCCGGUGCCCUGCGAAGCUGUCGGUAUGCAACUUGGUGCUGCAUCGGAGCCUCUCUGCUUCAUUACGUAACGCCGCUGCUGCCUGGCACGGAGCUCGCCUCCACGUCCUGCACAAGUUCGGGGCAGUGGGGAAUUGAUGAGGCGCUAUUCGGGACCGACUGCCGUUUGUUAUCAGCUGACGAUGUGUAAAUCUCGGGAUAUGGGCGCUCUGUGCUAAAAGCUGCGUGCUGUAGAGCAGGGCAUCUCCUGCAUCCCGGGUGCCCCUUGGGUUGGGGCUUUGCUCUGCCACACAUCAGCACAGCUGUGAGAUUGCCUGUGAUAGCAUGGCAGUGAGCUGCCGGGUUGCACCCAACCCCACUUCCCAGCCUUUUCCUGGGUGUCAGGUGGUUCUGGUCUCUCAUUGCCCUGAUGGCUGCCCCAUGUGAAAUGCUGCCUGCAGUCUUGGGCUGACAGAGUGGCUGUGCCUAUGGUGAAGGCUCCCAAGGCUGCCAUACCCCUCCAGGCAGCCUCCACUGAAGGUCCCCAUUGCCAGUGUCCCUGCUCUGUUCCAGGGCUGGAUUGCUGCUCUGAAUGCCACUGGCAUCAUGGGGUCGUGCCACCCUGGGGAACACUCCCAGCACUGGCCCGUGGUGAUGUUCAGGAGGAGGGCUAUGCUGGACAAGCUGGAGGGACUCCAGCCAGUGGGGAUGGAGGGAAGCUGCCUUGAAAUUUCCAGGCGGCUCCAAUGUGCCACGUGGACUUGCAGGGCCCAGGCAGCGGGUGUGGGGAGGUGCACAUGUCCCUCCCAUUUGAGCAGAUCUGCUCCUGCCUUUGGGCUGCAGCUGCAGGAAGGCCCCAGCCACGGCUCUACCAGCUGAACUACAUCCCCCCUUGCCAUCUGUGGGGAAAUGCACAUAGAUUAAGGAGCUGCAGGACCUCAGCAGAAAAAGAAGGGAAAGUCUGGAGAGCUUCCCUGGCCGAUAAACUCACCUUGUUCCUUCAAAGCCCUCCAGCACCGCAUAUCAGGAUGAGGUGGGCCCGGUUCUGCUGAUCCCUGACUCCCAGUAUCAUGCCUAGCUGGGCCCAGCUGCGGCCCUGCACCCCCAUGGCAGUGCUGCAUGGAGUGGGUGCCCCAUCAGAGCACCAGGACUGAGAUCCAGGUCCUCCCUGCGCCCUCCACCACCUCACCAUGCCUUUGGUCUGGCUGCCGGACUGGAGCUGCUCCCUGGACGGGCUGCGGGAUUUCAUCGCUGCUGGCAUCCAGUCGUUCCGGGACUGUGACGGCGGAGCUCUGCUGGCUGUGGGUUGCCUGCUGCUGCUCUUUGUCUGGUACUGCUACCACGUGGGCCGCGAGCAGCCCCGUGCAUACCCUGCUGUCAAUGCAUUGAUGCAGGGCGCUGAGGCCAACGGCGUGCAGAAUGGCUUUGUCUACUGCCAUGCGCCCGAGUGCGCGCGGUGCUCACCCCAUGAUGGCCUCAACCAGAAGCUCUACCACAACCUGCAGGAGUACGCUAAGCGCUACUCGUGGUCUGGCAUGGGCAGGAUCCAUAAGGGCAUCCGUGAGCAGGGCCGCUACCUCAACAGCCGGCCCUCUAUCCAGAAGCCGGAGGUGUUUUUCCUGCCCGACCUGCCCACCUCUCCCUACUUCUCACGGGACGCUCAGAAGCACGACGUGGAGGUGUUGGAACGCAACUUCCAGACCAUCCUGUGUGAGUUUGAGAGCCUCUACAAAGCAUUCUCAAACUGCAGCCUCCCGCAAGGAUGGAAAAUGAACAGCACGCCCAGCGGGGAGUGGUUCACCUUCUACCUGGUGAACCAGGGCAUGUGCGUGCCCAGGAACUGCAGGAGAUGCCCACGGACGUACCGCUUGCUCGGCAGCCUUCGCACCUGCAUUGGAAACAAUGUCUUUGGGAACGCUUGCAUCUCUGUGCUGAGCCCGGGCACCGUCAUCGCCGAGCACUACGGCCCCACCAACAUCCGCAUCCGCUGCCACCUGGGUCUGAAGACCCCCAGCAACUGUGAGCUGGUGGUGGGGGGUGAGCCACAGUGCUGGGCUGAGGGUCGCUGCCUGCUCUUUGAUGACUCCUUCCUGCACACCGCCUUUCAUGAAGGUCCCCCAGAGGAGGGUCCCCGUGUGGUCUUCAUGGUGGACCUGUGGCAUCCCAACGUGGCAGCUGCUGAGCGCCAGGCACUGGAUUUCAUCUUCGCCCCAGGACGCUGAGUUCACCACUGCACUGUCAGGGUGAGGGCACCACAGCUCCAGCGCUGCCUGCGGACGCUGCCCCAGGGCAGGGGCUUCCUCACAGUGCCGGGGCCUCCUCCUGUGGGUCUUGUAAAUGGAACCUUCGACGUGUAUCAGCGGCAUCUCUUUCCUUCCAUCAAGGCUUCAGGGAUUAUUCUCCGUCACGGCGGUGCGUUGCGUUGCGUUCCCUCCGUGGUUAGAUGCAGUCCCACUCCCAUCCGUGUUAUGUUGCUCGUGUUUUGCAGUGUUCAGAAGUAGAGUUACAAGGGUGUUUGUUUGAAUGUAAUCAUGUAAAGUUUCUCGUGGUCAUCAAAAGGACAACGCUCGUGUGCCCAAGACAGCAAAGCAGGGCGAUGCGCUGCUCUCAACCUGCCCCUGCCCAGCUUUGCAGCCCCCCAUGCUGACAGAAGGAUGGACAGACAGAGGGCAGAGGGCUGCAGUGGCACAACGGGACAGCACCACCAUGGGAUGGUACCGUGAUGCCCGCUGGCUUGGCUGCACACAGCCCAGGCAGCAUCCUCCCCCCCCCCGACUCUGCUGCAGGGAUGGUGCACAGCCAGCUCUGCUCUCUAACCUCACAUGAGGUGUUACCAAUGCCUAAAUAUCCUCCCUGCUUUACCCUUGGUUUUCACAAGUCAAAACCAGGACGCCUGCAGGGGGGCAGGUGGCAGUUCAAAAGGACUUUGGUUUCCUGCAGAGAGGGCAGUGAGGAGUUGCAGCCAGCCCUCCUGCUGCUGCUCACUCAUCUCCAUCCCGCAGCCAGGGCGAGUGCAGGGAGGCAGUGCCCACACACCUGAGAGCACAGCAAAGAUUUCCAGGCUCAGCAUCUCCCACCUCCCAGCCCCUCCUGGGGACACAGCCCCACUGGAGAACGAUUUCUUUACAGAUUUUUUUUUUCAGAUUGCAAGAUAAGGGAGAGAUUUCAAAUACAUCCGAGAUAUUUUUUACACUUGUCUUGUUACAGAAUAUCUGGAAGUGCAUGAUUUCUACACGCAUUGAUUGUUUGGAAACAGGCUCUGAGGAAGCAGGCUGGCUUGGUAACUGUCUGACAGUUUGGUAACAUUCCUACAGUGGAUAAGUAAAGAUUAUCAAUAAACCGCUGUGCUGAAAACA